UAGAGCGAAACCCGCAGUUAUUAAACAGAUGGGUCACUAAAGACAUAGAGAUGCUGCCAUUUCUGAGAAUGAUGACGGCUCGCAGGAAGCUGUCUACCAGGGUCCUGGCUCUGGGCAUGGUGGUUGUAGGGCUCAUCACCAUCAUUGCUUUUGUAACAUUGUUACGAGAAGAAGGCCGACAUAAUGGGAACCACCACCAUGGCAGCAAACAGAUGUUUGUUAGUCACCUGACUGUUGAUCAUCUGCCAGCUCCCUUCCUCAACAAGAUCAAGGCAGCAGCAGGGAGUGAUGAUGUCAAGACACACAAUGAUAACCCUUUGGGAGUGAGUAGAGUUGCAGAAUACUGCAACAUCCCAAGUGGUAUGCAGAAAGGGCAGGAAGGAGAAGUUCCUGAAGGUUACCAACUCACUGCUGUGUUCCUCCUUAUUCGACAUGGUGACAGAACACCUAUGACAACAGUUUUGAACAUUCCUCGACCUUCACCACCAGAGGGCUGCAUCAUGAAUGCAAGUUCCUUACAAAACACACCUGAGGUCCAAAACUUCAUUAGUGACAUGCAGGCCUCCAAGGGUAAGCAGCAUCCUGGCAGUGAAUUCAUGGACUGGUCCUUGUUUCCACAGCAUUCCCUGUGUGGAAACUCACAGCUGACUGGUACAGGGGCUUUGCAACACUUGUACAAUGGCCUGAUUCUAAAGGAGAAAUAUGUGAAAAGGGCAAACCUAUUUGGUGAGACUUUCCAUCCUUCCCAACAAUUGCAGUUGAAGAGCACUCAGUAUUCAAGAACAUACCAGAGUCUCAUUGCUUUUUUGUAUGCCUUCCUGCCACACUUCAAUUUAACUCAGCUUGAUAUUCAGGGUGCCCAUAGCAAUGUCUUCUGUGAUCCGCAGUUUGUACCCAAGUCAUGUUGUCUGGUGCUUUCACAGUUAAAGGGGAUGGCUGACAGACAGGCGUAUGCUCAUCUGAAAAACAAAAGUAGCUACCUUGCUGCUAUGACUGCUUUUGCUAAUGUCUUUGAUGUGAAAUUGUCAGCCAUCUCUUGGCCUACAGCAAUCAUUGACACACUCCAGGGUCAUGCAUGUCAUGGUAUCAAGCUGCCCUGUGGUCCAGCCAAGAAGUGUGUCUCCAGUGCCAUUCUAGAGCAGCUGUGGGCAGUAGUCGAUGAGGCUGGAAGAGAGAGCACCAAAAACGAGAACUACGACAGAUACUGUCGAGUGGCAAUGCACUCUUUUCUUUCCGAAAUAGCGACCGAGAUGAUUAAAGUAUCUCGCAAUCAUUCCACUGUAAAAUUUUCUGCAUUCUCUGGGCAUGAUGUCACCAUUUCACCACUUCUACAGAGCCUGGGCCUGCACGAUGGAAAGUGGCCCCACUAUGGCACCAGAGUAAUUUUUGAACUCUACAAGAAAGUCGGUGCUGAAGGGAAAAAUUACAUCAAGGUUCUGGUCAACGGCCAUGACAUGACUGACAGCGUAAAGUUUUGCCAAGGCUACACCAACCAAGAUGGUGUCUGUCAGCUGAAGCGGCUUUUGAAUUUUGUUCAAAGUGAAAACUUAGAUUUCUUGGAAGGCAAAAGUUUGCAGACUUUCUGUGACUCUUCAGCUAAAGCCUAUUGAUUUUGUGCUGUUACAUUGAAGGGAUUUGGUUUUUUAUUAUAUUUACGUGAAGAGUGUCUGAAGAAGCACUUGCAUAUUUUGAGUAUUAGAUUGUUUGGGUUUCUCUAAAAAGCCUAGUGCACAAUGGUGGGAAAGACUAAUAACUUUGUAUUUGCUGUUUACUUUAGUUUAUUAAAUAGUGUUGUUCUGAAUUAAUCUUUUUGUCUUUUAGCUGGAAGUCACAAAAACUUCAGCAAAUCUCAGGACCAACUUGAUAAUCAUAGUGGCAUGUCUGAUUGCUAAUAAAUGAAUGCCUCAUCAGUCUUUCUUUUUUAAAAGCAGUCACAUUAAAACAUUAUGUAUAUUUGCUCAAGAGGAAAUAGCCAUGGUGGUUUUUUUUAAAAAACAUAUUGGUCACAUUCAUCACAAUUUCAUGGAUUUAAGACUUUGUUUGCAUGUGUAGUUUAAGAAAUUAUAGGAGGAGGUAAGGGCUAAUUUAAAUUCAUUACGUGUUAGAGGAAAUGCUGUGGUUAAGCCAUUGGAUUUUGAAGAUACAUGGAGCCAUGAUUAUGAAAGCUUGAGGCAGCAUGGAGACAAGGACAAGGGUAUUGUUUCCAAAGUUAAAUUGCAGUGUCUAAUGUUUUACCCCUGGAUCUGUAGGUGUGAAAAAGUACUAGCAUUAUGUGGACUGUUAGGAGUAAUGCUAGAAGUGCAUGUUCAGGGCAUAUUUAAAGGGUUCAACAGUGGGUAGGUGGUGGAUAUGGAAAGGGAGAGAAUUUCAUUGUUUUGCUGCAAACUAUCUAAAAAUCUUGUGACCAUAUGUUAUGCUUGUGAUAGGAAUAGUUAGGAGAAGAAGAGCCUAAUGGUCUAGCUGGGAUGCAAGCUGGGAAGAAUACAACAAUGUAUCUCACUGAUAAAAUAUGGAAAAAAGUGAUUUGAAUUUCCUUAAGGCUUGAUUACAGUGACAUUUAAAAGGAAAGUAAAACCAAAAUCAAAACUUUAUUUAAGAAGUAAUACGCACAUAGUAGGUAGAGGAUCUUCCAACCCCCUCACUCACAAAACACCAGUAGCAAAACCCAUAAUUGCUUUAUCAAGCUUUUCAAAUGUUUCCCCCCUCCCCCCACCACCACCACCAAAAUGAGAUUAUGUUUCAUAAAAGCUUAUAAAUAGCAGUGGCGGUUACAGUAAAAUGCAAAAUAAAGAAAGUUUGAAGAAAAAUAAUUCAUGUAUCCCUCAAAUAACAAAGAAGCUGUAAAAGCCUCAAGAAGCUUCAUAAGCUCAAAAUUUGACCUAUUCCUGAAUGAUGAAAGGAUUUUUGGAAGGAAGAUUGGUAGUUUUGUUGUUAGAAGAGAGACAUGAAUAUAGAAUUUCAGACUGGAGGAUAUUUUACUUUUCAAAAUGUUGAUUGAGAGAUUGCAUGAACUGACAAGUAGAAGGGUUUCGACUGUGUUCACGCUAUAUCUUUACAGUGGCUAGUAGUCUUAUUGGUUUCUCUACUGUUGCAUUUAAUGAAUCACAUCUUUUGAUAUCUUAGCAAAAGCGUUGUUUGUGAUAAAUGGUCUUUUAAUUUUUUUCAUUGGCGAACACCAGUUGGAAAGAAAAAAACUGAGACUCAAGUGUCUAUCAUUUAAAAUAUGGAAAUAUUAAUAACUUCUGUCUCAGUUUUAAUCACUCCAUCCUGCUCACUUUUAUUUUGCUCAUUCAUUCUUUCCAUCUUUUUUGUGCACCUAAAACUUAUUCCAGGUGUGCUCAAAUUGUUGAAACUUAUGCUCAGCGUGUGGCUACACAGCCUUUUGAAAUAAUUUUUCUUUAAAAGUGGAACGCCUGUGUCACUAUAUGGACGGAAACUUCAUGGAGAGUUCAGCUAUGUGUGAGCUUAUGCUGUACCAUGUUCAUUUUUGAUGCUGGGAUAUGAAUGUUUCAUACUUCGAUAAAUAUGGUCUAUUCACAGUUAUUUGUGUUUGCCGCCUGUAGGCAAGAGCAUUAACAGAGGUAGUUUUUAGCAGCAAGCAUAUGCUGCGUUAGAAAGAAACAAAAUAAAUAAUAAGUUGUUGUUUAGACUUUUUGCUUAUAUUGCUCAAAAUACAGUGAUGUUUGUGAUGGGAUUGGAUGCUGAUUUCUGUCACCUUUGCAAUUUGGACAAAUAAAAUACCAAAAUAACA